AUGGCCAUCGAUAAGAACUUGAGCCUUGGUGGCAUCGUGUCCUCGGGGUUUCGCUGCGGUGUCGAUGCGGAUAGAUUUGAAGAGCUCGUCACUGCGCUCAAGGUGGCGCUCGGGCCAUGCUCUGGUCUGACCUCGGAUGAUGUCGAUGUCUCCUAUCUCUCGAGGCUGAUGGAGGAGUAUAAGGCCAACGACAAGGGUUGGGAGAGGUACGCAAUGGGAGACCCAAGCCGAGGGUAUACCCGAAACCUUGUCGAUGAAGGAAACGGGAAGAGCAACUUGCUUGUCCUCGUAUGGAGCCCGGGGAAAGGAAGUCCCAUCCAUGAUCACGGCAACGCUCAUUGCCUGAUGAAGAUCCUCCGGGGGAACUUGACAGAGACGAGAUACGAGUUCCCCGACCCCGAGAAACAAGGGCCCAUGAGGGUCAAAUCAGAAUACACGCACAAGGAGAACGCCGUCGCCUACAUGGCCGACGAGCUGGGUGUCCAUCGAGUAUGGAAUAAGGGCAGCGACUUCGCUGUAUCCUUGCACCUGUAUACACCCCCCAAUGUUGCCAAGGGGGGAUGCCACAUCUUCGAUCCUGCCACCGGAAAGAGGAGCCAUGUGCUGAAGUGUGGAAAUUUUUCAGAAUAUGGUAGGCGACUGAAGGAAGCAAAGGGAAUGUGA